GCCUUAAAGUACACAUUUAAUGCCUUAAAUGUGUAAAAUACACGAUCAGCUUUACUCAAGGACGGCGCUUCCACCCCACGAGUGGCUCGCGUGAAGCGAAACACUUUAUUUUGGGUAGCAGAACCCCCCUCCCUCUCACAAGGAACAUGGUAGAGUCCACAACGCGUCAUCCAUUGUUUACAAAUGAACUCUGGUUGUUAGUGUGUGUGUGAACAGCGUGGUGAGCGCGAGCAGCGGCCCCGCGGCUCUCAUUCAUCGAGACCGAGCACAGCACAGCACAACACACGCCGAGCCGAGCCGAGCCACGCCACGCCACAGCCGCCGUCAUGCCGUGUCGGAAGGAGAACUACAUCUUCCUGGAGCAGUCCGUCACCGUGGACUCGAAAGAAGUGGACGCGCUCGUGACCAAGAUCGGCGAAGCGCUGCAGCUCCACAACAACAACAACAAUGGCGGCGGACACCACCACCAGAAGAAGACGAUGUCCGUGUCCGUGUCCUGUCUCCACGGGCUCGGCGGUGCCGGCGCCGGCGCGGGGAUGAAGCCGGCGGCCAUCAUCGGCUGCGGCGUCACCGGAGCUCCGGCGCAGAGACAGCGCGGCGGCAGCGGCGGCUGCUGUAUGAGGCUCCGGAGCCGGAACAGCAGCAGCAGGGCGAGUCCGUAUCACAUCCCCGGGUCUAACGGCGAGCAGGACUGGGACCAGAUCAGGCCGUGGAGCAGGAAGAGGUUUGGCGCGGUGGAGGACGACGACGACCCGCACCGGCUGCUCCAGGACUUAAUUCUGUCGGGGAAUCUGAUCAAAGAGGCGGUGAGGAGGCUGCAGUUCUCCGGCGCGGCGGUGGACACCGUGUCGAGCUGAUGACGGGGGACCGGACUCACCGUGGACACACGGGAGCGACUGUCUCAGACUUUAAGUCCUCACAGGACUGGACUGGUAGCCACGGUAUUUUUCUAAUUUCAUGACAUUUUCCUCAAGAAUUUUUUUCCCUUUUAAUGUUUUGUUAGCAGUUAGCUUAGCUAACUGGCUAGCCUCUGCGGCUAAUGAGCCGUGUUGUUUAUGUUUGAAUGUCUGGGGGAGGGGAGGGGCGGGGCAUCUGAGAAACAAACAAACUCACUUAAAUCAACAGCAAAUCACGUUAGUUCGGCUAACAUUAGCUCAGGUGCUAACACGUGUGUAUUACCAUAGAGGACGCAUUUUCUGAACAGGAGUGAUUUUUAUCAGAUUUAAAUCAAGUUCAUGUCAUGAGUUUGUAGACAGGAAAACAUUUUUUAAUGAUUUGGAAAGUGUGUUGCUAUUAUACAGUCAUAGGGAUUUAUUUCACCACAGGGGGCGCCUGUGUCUCCAGUCCAUUCCAGAAACCUCGCAGUUUAUCUUUAACUAACUUUCAACUAAAUCUAGGUUUCCUUGGUAACACGACACUGUUUUGUUCAGUAUUUCCUUUGCAUUUACGUUCGCACUCACAAAUACGGACUGAAUAUAGAGGCUCCGCCCACAUCCUCUUUUAAAUCGUUCAAAAAAAUCAACAUUUAAGCACUUGUGUUUUUUUUUUUUACAUCAAAAACUGCAAUAAUAUCACUCAUCACAAAGUUCUCACUCCUGUUUGUGAACAACAGUGCCACCUUCAGGAGACCUGUGGUUUCGUUUACAGUCUGUGUUUUUGGUUGGAGCUGCUGUCAAAGGCCCCGCCCCCUCUCUGUUAUUCUCCGGGGUCUCCGUUGCCUGGCUCCGCCCCCUCCUGUUUCCUCACACUCACAGGAUGAUUUUGUGGUGCUUUCACUUCCUAAAUCAGGAGUUAAGUUGUUUUGUUUCUUGUUUUAUUUUUAUUAUUAUUCUGAUUUUCUUGUCAGUGUAAAGAAAAAUGAGCUCGACUGCUUCGUAACGAAGUCACUGAUGAUGAUGAUGAUCCUGAAUGUUCAGGACUUUUGUGUUUUUCUUCUUUUGUCGUAAUAAACACUUUUGUUUUUCA